ACGCCGAUCGGCGCCGGCGGCCGGCAGUCGAGCACCGCGCGCCGCGCACGCCGCCCGUCGCCGUCGCCGCGCCGAAACUGUGUCAGUCGUACGGCCGCGCCAGUGGAGCCGAGUGGAGCCAGCGAGCGGCCAGUCGGCGCCAUGGAGGAGUGAGCAGCGCCCGCAUGGCUCGCCGGCCGCCGGCAGCGCCCGCGCCCCGUCGACACCGAUGCCGAGACAUGGCGCCCACGUGUGAGGAUAAUACCUAACGGCGCCGCCAUCCAGCUGUGUCAUGGUGCGUGCCCGCGCUGGCGGCCCAUAGCGGGCUGUGUCUGUGAGAGAGCUGCAUCUAUCUGAUCUCGAGUGAAUAGUGAGAGGAGUAAGGCGCGGUGACCCGGGAGAGGCACCGCUGCAGUGACCCGAGCAAUCGCCGACAAGACUGCUGAUUGAGAGUGUCGGUGACGCUGAGAGAGUGUCGUAGGCCAUCAUGUAUUCAGGCAUGACAUGGACCAAUGUGAGCAGCGUGGAGGUGUCGCAGCCGAGCAACGCCAACGGAUCGAUUAAAGUUGAUUGUUUGAUGCCGCAAACCCUGCAGCAGGCUCAACAUGCAAAAACGCAAAUUGAGAUAAUUCCGUGCAAGGUGUGCGGCGACAAAUCAUCCGGUGUGCACUACGGCGUGAUCACGUGCGAAGGCUGCAAGGGCUUCUUCCGGCGGUCACAGUCCAGCCCCGGCAACUACCAGUGCCCCAGACAGAAGAACUGCGUCGUUGACCGGACCAAUCGGAACCGAUGCCAGUACUGCCGACUGCAGAAAUGUCUCGCCCUGGGCAUGUCCCGAGACGCGGUCAAGUUCGGCCGAAUGUCAAAGAAGCAAAGGGAGAAGGUGGAGGAUGAGGUGCGCUUCUACCGCGGCAAGAUGGUGGCUGGAGAGGGAUCCUCCCCGGACUCGUCUGUGUACGCCGACAGCCAUCAGCUGCCCUCGUCCUCGCAAGACCAGAUCGCCUCGCCCUUCGCCAGCUACCAACCGUUCGCCGGCGCCGGAGACCUGUCGGGCCAGUACCAGGCCAGCGGCUACCAGUCGCCGUUCCCGUUCUCCGUCGAUGACGGCGUCGACUCGACGACACCGUCGUGGCAGCCGCCGAUGGAGGCUCUGCCUGGCACCCAGCAGCUUCCCGGCUCCGACCUGAUGACGUCCUUCGGUAACUCAGGCCGGGCGCCGGCUCACCAAGAGCAGCAGCAGCAGCACGCGCUGCAGCACCACCAGCAGUCACUCCAGCAGCAGCAGCAGCAGCAGAGCCCCCUGCUGCAGCCCCUGGAGACACCCAUCCCCCGCGUCAACCGGAUAACAGACACCAUGAUCAAAGAGGAGAUGGAGGGCCUGGGCAGCGGCGGCUGCCUCGGACACCUGCACGACUCCUUCGAGCCGGUGGACAGCAGCGUCGAGCGGCUCUCGGUCGACUGUGCCGACCCGUUCGGCGGCGGCGGCCUCCCCCCGGCAGACCGGCCCCCCGACCCGUCUCGGCUGCCCGAGCUGCUGGCCAAGUCUGUGACGGACGCGCAUCGCAACACACUGCGCUACUCGAGCGACUACAUCCAGAAGAUGCUCCGCAAGCCGCACGACCUCGAGAAACUGUCCUACUACAGCAAAUUGAGUCACGAGGAUCUGGUGAUGGACGCUGUACAGAGCGUCACUACCCUGAUCCAGCACAACAUUAUCGAGUUCGCUAAGGCCCUGUUCGAGCUGAAAUCACUGCAGGAGCAUGACAAGCUGACCCUGCUCAAAGGCGGAGCGUUUGAGCUGACGGUGAUCCGGAUGCUGCGCUACUACGACCUGAGCCAGGACGUGGUACUGUACGGUGACACGCCACUCAAGCAGGACGCCUUCCUGCUCGGCGAUACCACCGAGAUGAAGCUGGUGCACGACGUGUGGGAGAUGGUGCGCAGUCUGGCCGAGCUUCGGCUCUCAGAGACCGAACAGGCCCUGUUCGCCGCCUGCUGCCUGUUCGCGCCAGACCGGCCGGACCUGAUGGACGUCGGCAGCGUGCAGAAGAUGUACGAACAGCUACUGCUGGCGCUCCGGCUGAAGCUGGACGAGUCACACCCCCUGCCCGUCAAGGGAGAUGUCACCGCCUUCCAGCUGGUCGUCUCCAAGGUUCACUGUCUCAGGAAAAUUUCGGAGACUUAUUUGGAGGUGAUCGCCAACUUCCGGCGGGCGGCACCACACCUCGAGUUCCCGGCGCUUCACAAAGAACUUUUCCCGACGGGCAGCUGAGUGAAGGUAGUGAGUCGCCGCACAGAUCCUCGCGCUGGUGGUGGUGCAGCACGCUGACACGUAAACACGCGCUCCUCUCGCUCUGUCCGGUUCCGCUCUCUCUCCCUCCAUAAAACUGCCUUCUUCAGAUCCGUCUGCGGGGCGGCGGCGGCUAUCUAUGGUGCCGUUCCGCCGCACCGGUUUGGCUCCUGCCCACUGUCAGAGCUAGGCUGUCAUCAGUGACUGUCAGACACUGUCGCUCUGGCAGUGUCUCUGUCAGCGCUGAGCACUCACAGAGCCGGGGAGAGACGUGGCAGCUGCUGAGCCGAAAACUACCUGCAUGAUGGCAACCAACUCAGGCUUUCUCAUGGUGUUGGAACUAAAAUAUGGCCGGGCGCUGCAUAAUCUGCAACAGCAGGAAUCCGCUCCCCGGCUGGCACGGCACCGCGCUGGGGCGGUAGGUUAGUUUAGAGCCGGUCCGCUAGGCGGCGCUGGAGGCGCUGUCCGUCCGCCGCCGGAGCGGCUGGAGUUGUUGGUCGCAGGGAGGAUAACAGCAGACAAAUGCUGAAUUAGGAGCUGUGCGCGGGAUUUGAGAACGACACUGCGAGGUUAAGACUUUCUAAAGACCUAUUUGGAAUGCGAACUUAGUUUUCGCGUUCGUGUCCAAUGCAGCACUUGCACAUGGCGAGUACAUUUACAACCAGCCGUUAGUGAGGUGUUUGAGAGCGUGAACUAUUUAUGCAGUCAGUUGUAAACGGAAAACUGCAAAUGACGGCGAUGCUUAAUAGUGUGUUGUGGUGAUUAGAGUUGUGAUGUGAUCAUGAAACUCUGAUAACUCGUUAUUUCAUUGACAUUUUAUGGGACUAAAUUGGUGACUUGAACUACCCAGUCACAAACUUUGUUAAUUUGUUUUAACAUCUCAUUUAAAUUUUACAUUGUAUAUGUGAUCAUGUAUUUCGCGAGAUGCAGAACUAAUGUGUAAAUACCGAGGCAUGUAAAUAUUCGUUUUUAACUACCACCAGCGUCCUCACUAUCCUCUAACAGCGUUCAAGUGGUGGGUAUGCACGUUUACUGCCGAACUCUGUGUUGUUAUUUAGUGAUGGGUCUAUGCGUUCCCAGCUGCGGACUGCGUUGUUUUAGAGCCGGUUGUGGGUCGACUGUCUGAUGGACGGCUGGCGGGCGGUGGUCCGGUGUUGUCUCGCCUCUGGCACAGCUGCCCGGUCCUGGGAGUGGGUUCGAAGGGCUGAGAGGCGCCACCCGGGUGUGUGAUCCGACCCCGCCCGGUGCCGCUCCCGGCGACAGCUGUGUGACUCGGAUUGUGAUAUGGCCGCGUGACGCGAGCGGCCGGCGGCCCGCGAACGGCCCACCGGUGUCCGGACGGUGAUUCGUAGCUAUUUACAUUUGAAAAUAGUACAAAAUUCGGCCCGGGUUCCGUGCUUACUCAGUUAUCUAGCUGGCGCUCCGUCAGGCAGACGCUAUUCUUUAGCUCGUGUGCGUGGGUAGGCGAGUCAGUGGUCAGAAGAGGAGGAGCGGUGUUGAGAUAGGCUGACGCUGGUCUGCGAGUGCGUGGGCGUUGUCCGGUCGUAUGUGCGCGUUUAAAAGUUGGCUGUUAAGCAGGUAACCGCGCCGAUGUUCUGUUGGGGUGUGCGUGUGUGCGUGUGCCUUAUUUGGUGGAGUUGCCGGACUGUCGGCUCUUGGCGGAAAAGCUGGCGCGAAACAGUGUCGCGAAAUUCUAAAUUAGUGGGGCUCGGUGCUCCGUGAUCAACGUUGACGAUGGAAUGAAUAGAGAAGCACGGUGCAUCUCAAAAUGGGAUUCAGUUCAAGCACCGUUCUAUACUUCAACCUAUUCAGUAUACUUUUUUGCAUUCAUGGCUCGGUCGUUCGCUUUUGCAAUAGGGCGGAUAAAAGCCGCCUGCCGUCCCGAGAACAUCUCGGUUAGCAUGAGCAGGGUAAUCGUCGGAGCGGAGGGCGUACGAUCUCUCCCAGGCUGUCCGUUCGUCACCUUUCGUCACUCCUCCGGUCACACCGCGUCACUUUUCCGUCACAGAGCCGGCAGCCGCGGCGCCCCGUGCCGGUUUUUUACGCUUCUGUGCGUCGCUCGCUCGCCCACCGCGUGUUUUGUAUAUGAGUUGUCGUCGUGCGUCAGUGAUGCGUACAUGGCCGAAUAAACUAGGAUUGUACUUUACUAAA